AUGGUUCAAUGUAAUAACAAAGUGAUGGUGAAAAAAUUGUGCAGACAUGUGAUCGCCAAGGUAGCGGAAAUCAGGGCUAGGGUUAAGGGUUGUAUUAGAUGUUUUGAAAAUCCUUCGAUCUCACGUUACACAACGAUUGCGCCUGACCUUGCAAUCUACAUAGAAAAAUUUCCUUUUUGGGCAGAAAUAAUCAUCCCGGGAUGGCGUCGAAAGAGUGAACGCGAAGGAGCUCUUUCUAGCCCGACUGUACCAGUUGUUCACACAGACUUCUGUUAUUCGUUGGUUGAUGAGCCAUCCCGGGAUGGCGUCGAAAGAGUCUGCACAUUACACGAAUAG